UACUAUACCUUUGAGAUACCUUCCUGCUGUCCUACCUACCUUCCAUUGGACUUACCCUACUGCAUACUGACUACUGGUGAUCACGGAAGAACCCCGCUGUCACUGUCCCAUAUAGUUACACAAAUUCUGUCACUUCCCUGAGAUUGUCUACCCCGUCCCUUCCGGUUGCGCGUUUCCUCAACCUGAACACCCUUCCAUAAGACCAAAACGUCCCAACCCCGAGUUGAAUCGCGCACCGCACCACCUUUCUGUGAAAGAAAAGCAUACAGUGAUGUCCGUCGAUCUCGACCACGCCUCCAUGCCAGGGGCGCCUACCAAGUCCGAAAUUACCUGGACGGGCCCAAUGCCGUUCUUCCUGGACAGCACCAUCUCCUCCGAGUUCCUGACGAUGCCAUUGUUCGACGGGCUGCAAGAAUGGUCGAUGAGCGGGAGCAGCCCGGGUGCUGCAGCCGCCGCCGCAUCGGGGCGGUUCGACGGGUUCCAACAGCAACCGCACCAACAACAGAAGCAGGCGCAUCCAUCCCCACCACCACCACCGCAGCAACAAGCCUUCAUGAAUGCGUACAUUGAACCGAACCUCUUCUCACCCGACCAACCCAUGCCUCCCCACGUCCACCAACACCAACCGCACCUUGCCCCGAAAGAACCCCUCCUCGACCCCACCAUGCACCCCUUCGCCGCCAGCCCCACAUCCUCUUACCCCAUCCCAAUGCACGAGAUUACCUCCCGCGGGAGUAUCAGCGACCAAUCGCACCGCAGCAGCUACGGUAGCAUCAGCAGCAGCAGCAGCAGCAGCAGCAGCAGCACGACAGGCUACAACGCGGUGGAGCAGCAGAAGCGUGAGCGGUUCCUCGAGCGCAACCGCGUGGCGGCCAAUAAGUGCCGGCGCAAGAAGAAGGAGCACACGCGCCAGCUGGAGAGCCGGUGCAUGGAGGUGACGCAGGCCAACUCGCAGCUAGAGUCGGAGGUCAGCCAGCUGCGCAGCCAGAUCCUGGAGCUGAAGAACGAGCUCCUGCGCCACUCCGGCUGCGACGACCCGGCUAUCAAGGCCCAUUUGGCGCGGAUGGUGGCCCACCUCUCGCAGCGGAGUGCCUCGGUCUCGGGCGCCAGCGAGGCCUCGGCCAAAGAGGACGGUGGCCCGCGGGGUCGGUCCUCGCGGUCCACGCCGCUGUCUCCGGCGCAUCAGAGCGAUGCGAAACAGGAGGUCGAGCCGGAGGCGGCGUUUGGGUUCGAUGAUAUGCUUCACCUGGGCGAUUCGAAGGCAGAUGAGCAGGAGGAGGAGGAGGAAGUGAGGAUGCAGGAUAGUCCGUGAUCGUAUCCGACCAUGCGGACGACUACACUUGUACACGACUGUCUUACGAUUUUUCUUCGGGAUAUAUGGGCUUGGUCUUCUGCUUUUUGUCCGCUUACUUGCCUUGUUCGAUUUUCGACAUUGAGUUGUGCGUCUGGAUGUACACCAAUGCGCUGUCCUGCGACGCGGGCAGUCUUAUGGAUGGGGAUGGGGCGUACCGGCUAAGUUCAUGGGACAAAGGAGGCGGCUUCACUCAUUGCAUUUUGUAAACCAAGCCAGCGUCAGCGGAUUGAUUCAUUGUUUUUUUUUUCGGCUGUCAAAAAGAACCCUGGAUGAUAUGAAACACCAAAAUUACUAGUACAAGAAAUAACACAACAAUUUCCAAUCGGACCAAUGUUUUCAAUCUAA